AUGGAAUUGCAAUAUAAGAUAGACAAACUUAAUAAAGAAUUUGAAGAGUCGAAAGAACUAAAUGAAAUGCUAAUAAAAAUAAAUGAGGAAUUCGGAAAAGAGAACGACAGACUUUAUGAACGAAUCAAUUUUUAUAAGAACCUUCAGAUGCCAAGAAGCAUAAAAAAAAGCUCAAAGCCUAAACGUAAACAUCAAAGGAAUAAUGAUAGUGAAGAUUCGGACGACGAAAUUAUUGACGUGGAUGUUGAAAUGGACGAAAAGGAUGAAAAGGACGAUAAGGAUGAAAAGGACGAUAAAGAUGCAAGGAUGGAAAUGAAGACCAUUUUGAAAACUAUGCCUGCCAAAUUCGACCUGGACUAUGAUCAAACGUUUAUGAGCAAAACUAACGUAAACAUAAGAAAACAAUUAAUACCAGAACUAAUGAAGAGCUUAAAGCCAAAUUUUAACCCCACCUACGAUAAGUUGACGAAAUGGCUAAUGUCGUUGCAUAAAUCUAGACGAAGUAGGAAUAAUUACAAGAAAAAGGGAAGACUCGAUAGUGACGAUCGUCAUCUACACGCAAAUGGGAGGAUGAAUGACAAAAAAAUUUGUCGACUAAAAGCUGCCAAAGCUUUAUAUGAUAAAGACGACGUGAAAAUCGCUCACUAUGAAAAACAAGAGAUGAUCAAUAUCAUUCAAGAUAUCAGAUAUCAUUCACCGGAGUUGAGUGAAACGGAUGAGGAAAAUGCGUCAGAAAAAUGUCAAAUAGUUGUGUAUAAUCGAUCAUGGAGAUCAUCGGAGUUAAAAACUUUUUUUAGGGAAGUAUUGGAUCCUUAUUCAUUUACACAACAAAACGCACAACUAACCAGACAUAGAAAUUAUGACGAUACGUUGCAAAAUUUUGACGUCCAACCUCCGAACGAUGCACAACAAUGGACAUGUGUAGAACCAGGAAAUGGUAAUGUCGUAUAUGAUUCUGAUAUAGGAUACGAGAGUAUAUACGAUGACUAUAUGUACGAUGAUGCUGACACGUUUUAA